CAGGCAACGGCCGUCAGUUUUCGCGGUGUCAACUCCCGUCAGUCCGGGCCGAAGUCCCGUCGCUCUCUCCACUGCUGGAUGAUGAAGGCCCAAGGCCGUGUCCCGUGUCUCUCUCAGCUCACCUCUCAUCUCACCUCUCAUCAUCUCGAGAACGAAUUAAACUAAAAAGGAGACUUUUUGUUUGUUUGUUUUGUUUAAUUUAAUUUACCUCAGCGGUGACACCGAUCGCCCCACACGCAAAAAAAAAGUCGUUUAAUUUUUUUCCCCCCCCCGAGUAAUAAUUUUACAAUUCAACAGAAGUUUAAAUUGUUUUUUUUUUUUAAACAAACAAAUAUAAAAAAAUAUAAUGCCGACAUGUGCGAGACUCCGGGAGGAUUAGCAACGAGGGGAGAAGAACUCCGGCUCUCCGAAGCGUUCGAUCUCCUACGGAGGCCUGCCACCGAGGAUGAAGCCUACGCCCUCGCCUACUUCGCUUGCCGCACGCUGGCGCGUGGACGCCGGCCGACGACGACGACGCCGCCACCACCCGCGGGGCCUCCCCCGGUCGCCUCGGAGUCGGGCGGCGGCGGCGGCGAUGUCAGCUUCGUUCUGCAGGCCCUGGGCGGGCUCCGCGUGGAGUGCGGAGAUGGCUCGGCGUGGAUCGACUGUGGAACGGAGGUACCGGUGGAACAUCGCCCCCUCACGCUCCCCGGCAGACAGGGACACAGUCAAUCGCUGAGACGUUACGUGUCGAACCGGGCGUUGCAGCGCGUGGGUGUGGCCAUCUACCGCUGCCUGGACUGGGGCGUCCACGACGACGAGGAGAGGGAGCUCAGCCCGGCCCUGGAGCGUCUCAUCGAGGGCAUGACCUGCGGCGCCAGCGGCCCCGGCCGCCACCCGGCCGCGGCGGCGGCCGCGGCCGGGGCUCGCGGGCCGCUCCAUUCGGGCGGCGGGGGUGGCGGUGGUGUGAAGACCAUGCUGCACACUGGAACGGUCCAUUCAUUGCCUGCAAAUGGGGGUGCAGAGGAGAAACCUCCUGCUGAGGGAAAUGGAACAGCCCAUCACCACGAGCAGAGAGAGGGCAGCACUUAUACCAUCAGCCAAGUCGUGGCGGUGUGCGUGGCUCGCGUGCGGAGUCCGGAUCACCCCGAGCGUCACUACUCGGCAGUGCUGCACUCCCUCUACCUGCACGCCACCGACAAGCGGAGCUUUGUGGCCAGCGUGCAGAAUCUGAAGAGAAUCGAGGCGAACGACACCUUCGCCAACGCCCACCGGGGACCAGGUGGCGCUUGCCAGCAAAAUACGCGGGACCGAGCGUGGGCGAGCGUCAUGGAGGAGCUCGGUGGUGGUGGUGGUGGAGUCCGGCUGAGGAAGGCGGAGUGCGGGGGGAAGGCUCCCACCGGCGCGACGCCCUUCAGGCUGACGCCCUUCGAGAUGCUGCUGCGGGACAUCGCCCUCCGCAGGCGCCUCAACGGUGCCGUGGCUCGUGGGGAAGCGCUCACGACCAGUCCCUGGACUACAUCAGGUCACGUCCCGCGCUCAAACCGGCCUGGCAGAGGCGCCUCUCGGCCUCCCAGCCUCGCGAGCGCAGCGCCAGGGAGAAACUCCUGGCGGACAUCUGCAAGGGUACGACCUUGAGGCCUCUGUCAGCGUCCGUCCCAUCGCCCCCAUCGUCCGUCCCAUCACCCCCAUCGCCUGUCCCAUCACCCCCAUCGCCUGUCCCAUCACCGCCAUCGUGUGUCUCAUCACUCCCAUCCUCUGUCUCAUCACUCCCAUCG